CGCGGAGCAGUGGGGGCGCGGCGGGCGGAUCUGAGCGGGUGGCGGCGGUGGUGCGAGACCUCGGCAUGGCGCGCCUGGUGCUGCUCGGUCUGGUGAGCUGUACCUUCUUUCUAGCAUCGAACGGUUUAUAUUCCUCCAGUGAUGAUGUGAUUGAAUUAACACCAUCAAAUUUCAACCGCGAAGUCAUUCAAAGUGAUGGUUUGUGGCUUGUAGAAUUCUAUGCCCCAUGGUGUGGCCACUGCCAAAGGUUAACACCAGAAUGGAAGAAAGCUGCAACUGCAUUAAAAGAUGUUGUGAAGGUUGGUGCAGUUGAUGCAGAUAAACAUCAGUCACUGGGAGGUCAAUACGGUGUUCAGGGAUUCCCCACCAUCAAGAUUUUUGGGGCCAACAAAAACAGACCAGAAGACUACCAAGGUGGCAGAACGAGCGAGGCCAUAGUCGACGCAGCGCUCUCCACUCUGCGCCAGCUCGUCAAGGAUCGCCUUUCAGGCCGGAGUGGUGGAAAGCAAAGUAGAAGUGAAAGCACAAGUAAGAAAGAUGUGAUUGAGCUAACAGAUGACAGUUUUGAUAAGAAUGUCCUUGACAGUGAAGACGUUUGGAUGGUUGAAUUUUAUGCUCCUUGGUGUGGACACUGCAAAAACCUAGAGCCUGAAUGGGCUGCUGCAGCCUCCGAGGUAAAAGAGCAAACAAAAGGAAAAGUGAAGCUUGCUGCUGUGGAUGCUACAGCCAAUCAGCUUCUGACCUCUCGAUAUGGGAUUAAGGGAUUUCCUACAAUCAAGAUAUUUCAGAAAGGCGAGUCUCCCACGGAUUAUGAUGGGGGCCGGACCAGAUCUGAUAUUGUUUCGAGGGCCAUGGAUUUAUUUUCUGAUAACGCUCCACCUCCUGAGCUGCUUGAGAUCAUCAAUGAAGACAUUGCCAAGACGACGUGUGAGGACCAUCAGCUGUGUGUUGUGGCAGUGCUGCCCCAUAUUCUCGACACAGGAGCUGUAGGUAGAAAUUCUUACCUGGAUGUUCUUCUGAAAUUGGCAGACAAAUACAAAAAGAAGAUGUGGGGGUGGCUCUGGACAGAAGCUGGGGCCCAGGCUGAACUUGAGAAUGCACUGGGCAUUGGUGGGUUCGGCUACCCGGCCAUGGCUGCCAUCAACGCACGCAAAAUGAAAUUUGCUCUUCUUAAAGGAUCUUUCAGCGAGCAGGGUAUUAAUGAGUUUCUCAGGGAGCUUUCUUUCGGGCGUGGAUCUACAGCUCCUGUGGGCGGCGGUGCUUUCCCAUCCAUCAUCACCAAAGAACCUUGGGAUGGCAAGGAUGGCGAGUUUCCCGUGGAAGAUGACAUCGACCUCAGCGACGUGGAGCUGGAUGACUUAGAGAAGGACGAGUUGUGAGACACGGCAUGGAGUCAGUUUUCUUUUCUUGGGAGCUUAUUUUUUAGCAGUGAAGGAACAGUCUUAAAGAAAGAUGAAUCUACCAGUGGCCUUUUUAACCGAGGAGUAGCACUUGAUUGGUCAUUUGAAAAACACUGCAACAGUGAACUUUUGCAUCUCAAGAAAACAUUGAAAAAUUCUAUGAAUUGUUGUAACCAGUGCAUUGGGUCAUAUUCUGUCAAGUAAUAUUUUCAAGAAAACUGAUGGGCUAGUGAAACACUUCCCUCCCUCUGCUGCUUGGAUGGUCUUAGCGAUUGUUUCUUACAUGUUGUUGUUUUUUUUUUUUUAUGUGAUUCUUUCAUUUGAAUAUUAAUGGAUUUUUUCCAUGAAAGAAUAAAACAAUAUUUUGGACAAUGCCAA